AUGAGAAUAAUCGCGUCGAUCAUUUUGAUCCUCGGACUUGCUCUGUAUGUUCACUGCGAGACGACGGAAGAAGACAACCAAGAGGAAGAUGACGUCGGCAUUCUCAAUUGUAUGUUCGCAAGCAGCACCGGAAGUUGCCUCAGGUCGAGACUGGCUCGUGACCUGGACCAAAUCGAGUUGGAAGUUACCGGAAAGAAGAGUGAACCGCCGAUGAGCACGGUGGUCGCACAGGCUGGCAAUAUCAUCGCGGAGAUCGUUGAUGAUCUUCAGGAGACGACCGGCGCCGAAGGAAUUAUCGAAGAGGACGAUGCUCAGGACGAUAAUGUGGAAGAGGCACGCAAGAAGAAAUUCGGCAAGAAGAAGAAAAAACAUCUGCAAAAACUCCUGGCACUGGCUAUGUUGAUAAAAGCGAAGAUCGGCCUGCUGCUACAGCUCAUCAGCACGCACUUCCAACUCAAGUUCUUCGUCAUCGCCGUCAUCUCAUUGAUACUGAACGCCGCUAGGUUCUGGAUAGAGAUCAAAAAGAAUCAACCCUCCAAGGUUAUCUACUACGAACACGCACAACAUCAGCAUCACUACGAUCAUGACGAUCACGAACAUGGUUAUUGGGGAAGAUCGUCGAAUGAAACACCUCAAGACCUCGCUUAUCGUGGUUACGUGCCCACGGAAUGA